AUGCGUAUCAUCUACGCUGAUGAUACGCAGCUCAUGAAAAUAUUUCGACCAAUAGCAUCCAUAACAGAAGCAGCCUCUGCCGAUGUUACCAACUGCUGUACACAGAUAAAAGAAUGGAUGAACAUCAAUAAACUCAAGCUUAACGACGACAAGACGGAGUGCAUGCUAAUAGGCCCAUCUGCAAGAUGUACUCAGUCAGGUCUCACCGUAGUUCAGAUCGGAAGCUCAAGUAUUGAUGUCAUUCGUUCUGUGAAGAACUUGGGUGUUGUUUUGGACUCAGAACUGUCCAUGAAGCAACAUGUCAGCCAAAUCUCCCGAGUUUGCUCUUUCCAGCUGAGGAAUAUCAGCAAGAUCAGAAAGUACCUGACCAAAGAAUCUCUUAUCAUCCUGAUUCUCACCCUGGUAACAUCUAGGAUUGAUUACUGUAACAUCCUCCUUGCCGGUGCACCCAAGUCUGUUACCAACAAACUACAGCACAUCCAGAAUACAGCUGCUCGGAUAGUCUCCAGCUGCAGGAAGUACGACAAUAUCAUCCCCAUCUUACAUGACCUACACUGA